UGUAUUUGUUCCCAAAUUUUAAAAAUUUUAGUUUAAUUUUAUCCUAUGUUAUAACUGUUAUUAUAAAAUUUGUUAUGAAAUCUUAUAACUGAGUUUAUAUUCCCUCGGCUGAGUAAUUUUAUAUUUCAUAGAGAAGAUUAGAAGCCAUUUGCAAUGACACUAGAAGUCAAGGAGGGAAAUUUAACCAAUUCAAACGAACAGCAAUUAAAUGGAAAUAUGGGAAUUGCUUGCAAUCCUAAUGAUAACACAACAAGCGGUGAUCAUAUAAAUAAUGGAAUUAAUACUCAAAAAAAUACUGUAUCAGUUAACAAUGUUGAUGUCGUUAACAAUAAUGAAUCCCAAAAAUUAAGUAAAAAACAAUUAAAAAAAAAUAGUAAAAAAGACAAAAGUGUUGAUAAAACUGAUAAUGAUAUGAAAAUAAAUGAAGUUUCCCAUAGUGAUGAUAGUUCUGAAGAAAGUGCAGAUAAUGAUAAAAAACAAGAUACUGAGAUAAUUUUCAUACAAGAUUUAGGAUUUAAUGUUAAAAUAGUCUGUCCUGGAACUGAAGCUUUUGAAAUUCAAGUAUCUAGUAUGGAAUUAAUUCAAGAAAUACAUCAACUGCUUAUGGAUCGAGAGGACACGUGUCACCGAACUUGUUUUUCAUUGCAAUUGAAUGGAGUUACAUUAGAUAAUUUUUCAGAGUUGAAAACUAUUGAGGGACUUAAAGAAGGAUCAGUUAUUAAGGUUGUUGAAGAGCCAUACACUAUGCGUGAAGCUAGAAUUCAUGUUCGUCAUGUUAGAGACAUAUUAAAAUCAUUAGAAAUGGCAGAUGCUUACAAUGGUGUUGAUUGUAAUUCUCUAUCAUUUUUGAAUGUUGUUACUCAAGGUGAUAUAUUAGAAAAGAAAAAAACGCGAUCCGAAAGCGUUGACUGUACUCCUCCUGAUUACAUUAUGCCAAACAAUAAAGAUAGACCUUUACUUCCUCUGCAUCCAACAUCAAAAGACUUAAAAGGACCUCAGUGCAUCAAGGUGCUUACUACAUCUGCAUGGAACCCGCCACCUGGUUUUCGAAAAAUGCAUGGAGAUUUGAUGUAUAUGUAUGUUAUUACUUUAGAAGAUAAACAUUUUCACAUUACUGCCUGUACCAAAGGAUUUUUCAUUAACCAGUCUACUAAUGAAGAAUUUAAUCCUAAACCAGCUGCACCAAAUCAUUUAUGUCAUUCUUUAAUCGAACUUUUAAGUCAAUUGAGUGCUGCAUUUAAACGAAACUUUGCAGUAUUACAAAAAAAAAGAACUGCUCGUCAUCCCUUUGAACGUGUUGCAACACCUUAUCAAGUUUAUAGUUGGGCUUCACCAUUACUAGAACAUACAUUAGAUGCAAUCAGAGCUGAAGAUACUUUUUCGUCAAAACUUGGAUAUGAAGAACACAUACCUGGUCAAACUAGAGACUGGAAUGAAGAAUUGCAAACAACUAGAGAACUUCCACGUAAAAAUCUGCCAGAACGUUUAUUGAGAGAAAGAGCUAUUUUUAAAGUUCAUGGAGAUUUUGUAGCAGCUGCUACCCGAGGUGCUAUGGCAGUUAUUGAUGGUAAUGUUAUGGCUAUUAAUCCUGGUGAAGAAGCCAAAAUGCAAAUGUUUAUAUGGAAUAAUGUUUUUUUCUCUCUUGGCUUUGAUGUCAGAGACCAUUAUAAAGAAUUAGGAGGUGAUGCUGCUGCUUUUGUUGCUCCUAGAAAUGAUUUACAAGGGGUUCGAGUUUAUAGUGCAGUUGAUUUACCUGGAUUGUAUACAUUAGGCACUGUAGUUAUAGAUUAUAGAGGAUACAGAGUUACAGCUCAAUCUAUUAUACCUGGUAUAUUAGAGAGAGAACAAGAACAAUCAGUUGUAUAUGGAUCUGUAGAUUUUGGAAAAACUGUUACAACCAAUUCAAAAUAUAUUGAAUUACUUAGUCAAGCUGCACAGCAAUUAAAAAUAAUGCCACAUAAAGUGAUAAGUGACAAAAGUGAAGAGGUAGAACUGUGUUCUUCUGUAGAGUGUAAAGGUAUCAUUGGAAAUGAUAGUCGUUAUUAUAUCUUGGAUUUACUGCGAACUUUUCCUCCAGAUGUGAAUUUUCUUAUACUUGAUGAAGAUGUACUUAGUAAAGAAGUUAAAUCAUUGGGAUUUCCCAUUCAGCAUAGGCAUAAAUUAUGUUGUCUCCGACAAGAAUUGAUUGAUUCAUUUAUUGAGACACGUUAUAUGAUGUUUAUUAAAUAUGCAGCAUUCCAUUUACAACACUUAAAUUUAUGGAAAAAUCAAAAGAACACUACUGGUGUUGUUGAUAAUGUAAUACCCAAAGAAAAGAUAAAUGAAAAUGUUGAUGAAAAUGUUAGAAAUGGAAUAACUGAUAUUAAAAAAAGUGAUAAUGAAAAUACUUCAGAAGAUUCAUUAGAGACUAAAAAAAAAAUUGUGGAAACUAUCACUGAAAGUGCUGUAAAAGACAAUGAUGAUAACAGCACAAAAGAAGUUGUUAAAAAAGCUGCUCAAAAAGUUGGUUCUCUUAAAGAAACAGAAUUCGAUAUACGAUUCAAUCCUGAUGUUUUUUCACCAGGCGUAAAACAUUUUAACCCAGAAUCAGAUCAAUUUAAAUUAGAAAAACAAUUGGUUGUAGAUGCAGCUGAAUAUUUAUUGUUAUCACAAAUUCCUUUGUUUAUAAGAGAUUGUAUGGAUCAUUCUUCUGCUCCAAUGGAUGGACAAAUACUAUCUGAAAAUUUACAUACAAGAGGUAUUAAUAUUCGUUAUUUAGGGAAAAUAGCUGAAAAACUCUCAAAAAUCAAACGACUAGAAUAUUUGUACAGUAUAACUGUUGCUGAAUUAAUUACUAGAGCAGCAAAACAUAUAUUUAAUACUUACAUACAAUCAGCUGAAUUAAUGAGUUUAGCAAGCGCAGUUAGUCAUUUUUUGAAUUGUUUAUUGUCAUCUUGUUCCACUUUACAUCCUCAGAAUACAUUAGAUGAUGUAAAACCAAUAAAAAAACGAAACAAGCGGAGAGGUCGACUAAAUAGAUUAUUAACAGUUGACAAUAAAGAUUGGGCUAAUCUUACCCGACAUUCUCUAUGGUCUCAAAUUCGUACAGAAAUAAAAUCAUAUUAUGCAUGGGAAUUAGUAUCUGAAACAAUUGAAUCUAUAUGUGAACAUUAUGGCAUACAAAAAAUAUCGCUAUUGAGGUCAUUUUGUUUGAAGACUGGUAUUCAGAUAUUAUUAAGAGAAUAUUCAUUUGAUUCAAAAAAUCGAUUUACCUUUUUUGAAGAAGAUAUUGUUAAUAUGUUUCCUGUUGUCAAGCAUAUCAACCCAAGGGCUACAGAUGCAUUUAAUUUUUACACCACUGGUCAAACAAAAAUUCAACAAGGUCUUUUAAAAGAAGGAUAUGAUUUAAUUAUGGAAGCUUUAACUCUAUUAAAUAAUGUUUAUGGUGCAAUGCAUCCGGAAAUCGCACAAUGUUUACGAAUGCUUGCCAGAUUAAGUUAUAUAAUGGGUGAUUACGGUGAAGCAAUGGCGUAUCAACAAAAAGCUGUUUUUAUGUCUGAACGAGUUAAUGGAAUAGAUCAUCCUUAUACUAUAACAGAAUACAUACAUUUAGCUUUAUAUUGCUACGCUAAUAAUCAAAUAACUACAGCUUUGAAAUUGUUGUAUCGAGCACGGUAUUUGGCUAUUUUGAUUUGUGGAGAAAACCACCCAGAAAUAGCUUUAUUAGAUAGUAAUAUUAGCCUUAUAUUACAUGCUGUUCAAGAAUACGAUCUUUCAUUAAGAUUUUUAGAGAAGGCUUUAGCUUUAAAUAUUAAAUUUUAUGGUCCUAAAUCAUUAAAAGUGGCUGUUAGUUAUCAUUUAGUUGCCCGUACUCAAAGUUGUAUGGGAGAUUUCCGUUCAGCAUUGAGCAAUGAAAGAGAAACUUAUGCAAUUUAUAAACAACAGUUCGGUGAAAAACACGAAAAAACACAAGAAUCAUCAGAUUGUUUAAAACAUUUAACUCAUCAGGCAGUAGUAUUACAAAAAAAAAUGAAUGAAAUCUAUACCGGCAAAACAGGUGCUACGUUGCCUCCUAUACAAAUACAUCCGCCAUCAAUGGGUAGUGUGCUUGAUAUGCUUAAUGUCAUUAAUGGUAUUCUGUACGUACAAAUUAGUCAACAGGAUUUAGAAAAUUUCAAAGCGGAAGUAGAAAAACGUUCGGAAACAUUAGACUUGGUGAAACCGUCAAUAGAGCAACAGGAAUGCACCAGUUGAGUAAUUCCGAAUCACGUAGUAAGUUUGUCUUAUGCUUUCAGUGUUUCAUCGAUUGUUGUAAGGCAGCUUAAGUAGACAUUAUUGAUGCUCAUUUUAAUUUUUUAUUGUUUUUUUUCCUUAGUUAUAUGUUCUUCUGUUUUGUUACUGGAAACAAACUUUAUUCAUGUUUACUUUUAUACGUAUACAAUGUAGUGCCAUUUAUCUAGUCCCUGUUAAUUAUAAUUUAUCAAUUAAUAAUUUACUUACAUAAACAUCAUUAGAGUUGUGUAUCAAGAACUGAAAACAUGAGCUACUGGAACACAAACGCUACUACUUACAAAUGUAUAAAAUAUUCUCUGAUUUAUUAGCUAAUUGUUAUAAUAUAAAUUAAAUGUUACUAUGUUUUUUAUUUCUAAUUAAUAUAAAAUAUCCAAUGGAUAUUAAACUUCAGAGCUCA